AUGCCUGCCGCCAACAAGCCCCAAGCCGUCAAGGCCACUGCCGCCAAGAAGGCCGCCCUUAAGGGUACCUCCGGCUCCAAGGUGCGCAAGAUCCGCACCGACACCACCUUCCGUCGUCCCAAGACGCUCGACCUGGCCAAGGCUCCUCGCUUCCCCCGCAAGAGCGUUCCCCACGCUCCUCGCAUGGAUGCCUUCCGCACCAUCCUGUACCCUCUCAACACCGAGUCGGCCAUGAAGAAGAUCGAGGAGAACAACACCCUGGUCUUCAUCGUUGACCGUGCCGCCAACAAGCGCCAGAUUGAGGGUGCUCUCAAGAAGCUGUACGACGUUUCGGCUGCCAAGAUCAACACGCUCAUCCGCCCGGAUGGCAAGAAGAAGGCUUUCGUUCGUCUGACCCCCGACCAGGACGCCCUUGACGUCUCCAACCGCAUCGGCUUCAUCUAA